AUGUUCGUCAACCGCCAGAAGGCCUUCAUGAGCCGAAUGUUUGACAACUCCGUCGCGAUAAAUCUACCCGGCCCGCCUAGCCGACGAAAGCAUGUCUGUGAAAUGCCUAGAAAGAUGAUGGUGACUUACGGAUCCAAUGACCUGAAUCCGCAGGAGCUUCGCGAUGUCUAUGUUGUUGCCAGGCCAGACAGAUGGUCGCAUGCCUUCACUGACUCGGGCUCUCCUUGUUACUGGUCUCUUUACUGCGAUGGCCAUUACUAUCACAUCGAAAAGGGUGAUAAAUCGGUUCGCAUUACUCUUGGAGAUGACGACUACUCGGAGCAAAGUCAAAAGAAAUUCAUUCCAAAUGGCCCUCAGAUGCCCCCUUUUAUUGCCUAUCAUUUUGGAAAGACGGAUUACUCCCCGCAGCAGAUUCAUGGCAUUGCUGUAUGGGUAAUUGAGCAAAUGGUUCGAGAUGAUCUAUCUGAGACGAACUAUGGGCACUUCGUGUCCGGACUCGCAGUUCGCAUUAUAUGCGCUCCGAGAAACAGCACAGUUCUCAUGGGCAAUAUGAUGCAGAUCUGGGCGCAAGACCAGUUCCUCAGAGCUGCCGGGCCUGAUUCCGUCGUUCCUAAUGGGUUUUAUACUGGAAGCCGCCUUGUCGGUCCUACACAGAAGAUCGAUACUUUCCGUGCGAGAAAGUCACUCAGGCACAAAGUCGAGAUAGAUGCACGGCAGCUUGCUGUCUGCUGGUUUGACGGGUUGCAGGGAUUUAUUCCCUCGGAUAUCCGAGAGACCCAUCGCUUCAUUAGAGGUUGGAAGGUGGCAACACAAAGCAAUAUCACAAAGACCGUGGAGUCUACUUUGGGGUUGGAAAAAAGAACUCUUCGACGGUCCUCGAACAUCAACGAGCAGCCACGUAUGGCGGUCAUUAUCGGUCUUCGUGACGGUGCUAAGAUACCCAAGGACCUUGAGGAAGUACACUGCUUCUCGAGCUUGUACUACAUCCGCUCGAAGAGAAGCAUGACUGAAGAAGAGUUCUUGGAGGAGAUGAAAUUUAUCUAUGGUGACGAUGCCACAGUAGCUGCCUUAAACGCAGGAUUUCAGAAUGAAGCGAAGCGAUAUUUGCGAAAGCCGCGUGGUCAGGACGCCAAUCCCUCUUCUGGGGAGACCCAGAGAUCGAAAGACAAAGCAAGGGAGAUUCAAAGAUGGGAUACCCUGUGCCCUUAUGAGAAUGACCUAGACAGAUGUGCAAAAGGAUAUGGGUACCAGAUCCUCAUAGACAUGGCCUUGGUCUUUCCGAGCGCACCUGGCCCAUACCGGAGGGUGAAGGGUGAGCAGUGA